UAAAUAAAUAAAUAAAUAAAUAAAUAAAUAAAAUAAGCUACUUCGAGCUCCGUUUUCCCUAGGUUUUAUCAUGGCUACCACAGGUGGCCAAGGCCUUUCGUCUCCGUGAUGUCACUGGAGGCUGCGUGGUCUUUUCAGAGAACAGAGGGGCCUGGAUGGCGCCUGGAUUCCGGCGAUCGUUGCGCUGGCGAUGGAAAAGGGCUGGGACUCGCUGGAAGUCGUUCUGAACUAAUAGAGCUAAAGGCCUUCUGGUUCCUGGGGAGACGCGCCUGGCCCCCGUGUACUAUUCAUUCCCUUCCUCGUAACUCCACAGCCCAGGCUUUCUUCUUAGUGGGCUUCCUAGACCAAGAAGGAAAACCUUUUCUAUCCGAAAGCACUGAGGGGCAGAAGGUGGCCUAAAGUGAUCUCAGGGCCGCUUUGUUUCCCAUCCCGGUCGGUCAGGCCCUCCGUCAGCGCCCUUUGACCCAUGCAGAUCGGAUGGGGAAAGCUGCCAGCGCCUUCCAGGGAUGGGGGCAGAAUGGGGAGCUGGAGGGAGUGGUCUUUUUCUAACUUUAUACCACUAUCAAACUGUGUUAAUUCAUGUAGCUUUAUAAUAAGUCUUGAAGUCCUGUGACUUUAUUCUCCCAAGAUUGCUUUGGCUUAUUCUAAGGCUAUUGUAUUUCUAGGUGAAUUUUGGAAUUAGCUUGUCAGUUUAAAAAAAAAACAAAACUGCUAGGAUUUGUACUGGGCUUGCGUUGGAUCUGUAGAUCUGUUUGGGGAAAACUAGUAUAUUAACAAUACUGUCCUUCAAUCCAUUAAUAUCAUUAUUUCCCACCAUUUAUUUAAGUGGCCUCUAAUUUUUCCUGGUGAUAUUUUGUAGAUUGUACAUGUAUUUAUAUCUUAAUGUUUGGAUGCAAGUUGUGCUUGGAUCGAUUGCAGUAUAGAGAUCAAACGUAUAUUUCAUUAGAUUUAUUCUUGAGCAGUGUUUUAAAUGCGAUGUUAAAUAGCAUUUUAUUUUUUUAUAUUCUCGUUUGUUGUAAGAAUAUAGAAAUCCUAUUGAUUUUUACACAUUGAUGUUAUAUUCAAGCAUCUUGCUAAGUUCCCUUAUUAUUUGUAAGGGAGUCCAAAAGACUCUGUAGAGUCUUUUGGAAUUUAUGUGAUUACAAUCUUCCAAUCUGUGAAUAGAGAUGGUUUAACUUUCCUGUAAUCUUUAUACCUUUUAGUUUUGUUGCUGGCUAGUAUGUCCACUAUUGAAUAGAGAUAGUGAUAAUGGACUUCCUUGUCUUGGUUGUAAAAUCAAGAGGAAAGCAUUCAAUAUCAAGUGCUUUUUCUGCCUUUAUUGAAAUGUUCAUAUGUAUUUUUAAUAAUAAUAUGUUACUGUUAUAUAAUAAUAAUUUUAAAAUAAUAUUUUAAUAAUAAUGUUACAAUGUAACCAAUUACAUUGGUUAAUUUUCAAAUGUUAUCUAAAUGGCCAGUUGUCCUUCCGGAUCCCCAUUGAUUCCGAUUGGGAUGGCACUGUAAGAGAGGCAGAACCAGUGAAGGAAACAUAAGGUUUUUUCAGGAGUUAUAUACAGGGGUGGUCCAGUGGUGGUGGGCUGGCCUGGAGAAACACUACCGUUUGUAUAAAAAAAAAAAAAAGCAUGUAGUCCAUAUAGCGUAUAGCAUUUUCACUCAGAACCCUCCUUCUAGCAAUCUCCAUUUAACCCAAAACAAAGGGCCUCGAUCACCUGUACAGCCUGUGUUCCAAGGGAUGGGGCAGGGAUAUGGCUGUCCUUCAUAGAUAGGUAGUGAAUCUCAGUGUUGGCUACUCCUGGAUUCCUUAGCCUGGGACUCCAAACACACUUAGAAUAGGGUUAUUCUCAGGUAUGCUCCAGUUAUGGCUCAGCCAUACACCAAGGUGUAUACACCAACCCCUGCCAUGCACCAAUAUGCAUAUAAAUAUGAAUAGCCUCUGAAAGGGCGAAUUCCUAGAUUGACCUAUAGGCCCACAUGAAAAGUUCUAUAUUAAUAGCUAUGUCAUGACUGGGUGCAGUGGCUCAUGCCUGUAAUCCCAACACUUUGGGAGGUCGAGGUGGGUGGAUCCCUUGAGGCCAGGAGUUGGAGACCAGCCUGGGCAACAUGACAAAACCCCAUCUCUACUAAAAAUACAAAAAUUACCUGGGCUUGGUGGUGCACACCUAUAAUCCCAGCUACUAAGGAGGCUGAGGCACAGGAAUCACUUGAACCUGGGAGGCAGAGGUUGCAGUCAGUGAGAUGGCACCACUGCACUCCAGCCUGGGCAACAGAGUCAGACUCUGUCUCAAAAAAAAAAAAAAAAAAUAGCUGUAUCAUGGACAUUGAAAUUAUAAUGAGAUACCAAAACUACCACCAGAAUGACUUAAAUUAAAAGGAUUUCCAAUACCAAGCAUUGACAAGGAUAUGGAGCAUUUUUUAGAGAGAAUGACCAAGGAGUUGGCUACAGUCAGGUGCUGCAGAAUCAGAUCUGUGGACCUUAAUGUGCAUCUGGUGAAAUAAAUAAAUAUAAUGGUGAUGAAGAAAGCAAUUGCCCAGGAAUCCUACUGUGGUCUGAGAUAAGAAGAUCAUAUUCCUAUUGCCACAUCCCUGGAGGCUAUUUGUCUUUUUUCAAUGACUGAUCAUCCUAUUCAGAGUGAGAGGAUCUGGCAUGGAAACAAGAGGCCUGUUGUACCAUGGCAACUGAAAGCCACUCUUUCCCACUUACCAUUGUUUUCAAGCCAUUAAUUUCCUAUUAAACUUCAUUUUCCUCUUCCUGAGAGUUUCACUAUAAAAAUAUAUGUGUGUAUAGAUAUAUAUUCCUAGCAUAAGAGUACUAUAAUAGUGUUUUACAUAGAACUUUUACAACAAUUCUUUGAAGUGCUUUAUUGUUCCCAUUUGACAGGUGAGGCGAUCUCAGGCACAGGGAGGCUGAAUGACAUUUCCAAAGUUGCAGAGUUGGUAUGCCCAUAUUAAUAUUAGAUAAAGUGGUCUUCAGAACAGGAGUACUGCCAAAGAUAAAGGUGUCGAGUCAUAAUCAAAAUGGGCCAGUUCAUAAAAUUAACAAUCUUAAAUGGGUGAACCUAGUGAAACUUCAAAAUGUGUGAAACAGAUAUCAACAGAGUAAAGGUGACGAUCAUCAGAUCUACUUUUCAAGUGUAUGUGGAACAUUAAUCAAGAUAGAUUAAAUACUGGACCAUAAAAUAAUUCUCAAUAAAUAUAAAAGGAUUUAAAUCAUAGACAGUUUGUACUCUGAGCAAAAUAGGACUAAAUUAAGUCAAUAACAAAAAUAUAUUCAGAAAAACCUUAAUAUUUGGCAAUUGAGCAAAUAACUUUUAAAUAAAAAUGGAUAUAGGAAUUCUCGGAUCUAUAUUUACAUUUUUAAAUUGUGUUAAAAUUUUAACUUUAAGUAUAUAAUUCAGUAGCAUUAAGUACAUUCCCAGUUUUGUACAACCAGCAUCUUCAUUUCUAUCACAAACAGAAAUAAAGUACCCAUUAAACAAUAACUCAGCAUUGCUACCUCUCCCCAGUCUCUGGGAAACACUAAUCUUCAUUCUAUUUUCACAAAUUUGCCUAUUCUAGGUAUUUCAUAUCAGUGGAAUCAUACAACAUCUGUCCUUUCGUGUCUGGCUUACUUCACUCAGCAUCAUAUUUCCAAGUUUCACCCAUGUUGCAUGUAUCAGAACUUCAUCCUCUUUAAUGGCUGAAUAAUAGUCUAUUAUUUAUGUAUCAUAUUUGUGUAUCCAUUCAUUUGUUGAUGGACACAGGUUGUCUCUGCCUUUUGGCUAUAACGAAUAAUGCUGCAAUUAACUUGGGUGUAAAAAUAUCUGUUCCAGACCCUGCUGUCAAUUUUUUUGUGUGUGAAUAAUACCUAGGAGUGGAAUUUCUGGUUCUCUGUGUGAUUCUGUGAGGAACCACCAAAUUGUUUUCCACAGCAAGUGCAUCAUUUUCUAUUCCUAGCAGUCAGUUCACGAGGGCUCCAAUUUCUCCACCUCCUUAGCAACAUUUAUUUUCUGUGUCGUUGUUAUGAAAGCCUUACUAGUGGAUGCAAAGUGGCAUCUCAUUUUGAUUUUGUCUUGCAUUUUAUUAAUGAAUAACGGUGUUUAGCAUCUUUUCUUGUCCUUCUUAGACAUUUGUGUAUCUUCUUUGGAGAAAUGUCUAUUCAAGUCCUUUGCCUAUUUUUUAAUUGGGAUGUUAGAAAUUCUGUUGUUGAGUUGUGGGAUAUUAAGCUUUUAUCAGAUACACACUUUGAUUUUAUCAGAUACAUAUUUUCUCACAUACUAUGGGUUGUCUUUUCAGUCCCUUGAUAGUAUCCUUUGAUGCAUAAAGGUUUUUUAUUUUGAUUAAAUCUAAUUUAUGAGUAUUUUCUUUUGUUAUCUGUGCUUUUCUGUCAUACUUCAAAAUACACUUAAAACUCAAAGGUCAUAAAGGUUUACCUUGUGUUUUCUUCUAAGAGUUACAUAUUUUUAGUCGUUACAUUUAAGUCUUUUAUUAAUUUAGAAUUAAUUUUUGUAUAUACUGCAAGGUAGGGGUCUAACUUCUCUCUUGUGCACUGACAUCCAGCUGUUGAGGAGACUGUUCUUUCCUCCCUUGACUAGACUUGGCCACCUUGUUGAACAGUCAUUGACCAUAUAUGUGAGGACUAAUUUGUAGGAUCUCAAAUCUAUUCUAUUCUAUUGGUCUAAAAGUCUAUUGGUCUUAUGCCAGUACCACACUCUCUUGAUGACUGUAGAUUUGUAGUAGGUUGUGAAACUGAAAAAUGUGAGUUUUCCAAUAUUCUUUUUCAAGACGGUUUUUGUCUGUCAGAUCCUUUGAAUUUUUGUAUGAAUUUUAGAAUGAGUUUCUUUGUUUCUGCGAAGAUGCCUUUGGGAUUUUGAUGGUAUUGCAUUGAAUCUGUAGAUUACUUUAGAUGGUAUUGUCAUCUUAACAAUAUUGUCUUACAACCCGUGAACACAGAAUGUCUUUCCAGUUAUUUCCACUCUCUUGCUUUUUUCAGCAAAGUUUUGUGUGUACCACCAUGAUUAGAUUUAUGCCUGAAUAACUUAUUCUUUGAUACUAUUAUAAAUGGAAUUUUUUAAAUGUUUUCAUAGUUCUUUACAACUAUAUAGAAAUAUAGCUCAUUUGCAUAUGUUUGUUUUGCAUCCUGCCUCUUUUAUUAGUUAUAAUCGGUUUUGUGUUUUGUUUGGAGCUUUAUACACAUAAGAUCAUGUGUAGAUAUAAUUUUACUUCUGUUUUUUAUUUCUAAUUUAGAUGCCUUUUAUUUCUUUGUCUUGCCUAAUUGCUCUGGGUAGAACUGCCAAUGCUAUGUUGAAUUCAAGUGGCAAAUGCACCAUCCUUGUCUUGUUCUAGGUGUUAGGAAAACAGCUUUCAGUGUUUCAUCAUUGAUCAUGAUAUUAACUGUUGGUUUUUUAUACAUCCCAUUGUCAGGUUGCAGAAGUUCCCUUCUAUGCCUAGUUUAUUGAGUAUUUUUAUUAUAGAAGGGUAUUGUAUUUCAUCAAUGUUUUUUCUGCAUCAGUUGAAAUAAUCAUGUGCUUAUUCAUUUUACUGUUACAGUACAUUACACUGAUUGAUUUUUUAUAUGUUGAGCCACCCUUGCAUUUUGGGGAUAAAUCUCACAGGGUGAUAGUUUACAAUCCUUUGAUUAUACGGUAUUGCUGCUAGUAUUUUGGUAGUAUUGCUAGUAUUUUGCAGAGAUUUUUGCUUAUAUAUUCAUAAGGGAUAUUGUGCUGUAGUUCUCUUUUUUGUGCUCUCCUUGGCUUUGGUAUAAGGAUAAUGCUAUUAUCAAAAAAUGAAUUAGCAAGUAUUCCUUCUUCAUAUAUUUUGUCAGAAGAGUUUGAGAAGAAAUGGUAUUAAUUCUUCUUUAAACGUUAGGUUGACUCACCAGUUAAUGCAGCUAUUUGGUCAUAAAUGUUUCUUUGUUAAUCGCUUUCGAUUACUAAUUCAAUCUCUUAGGUUAUAGGUCUAUUCAGAUUUUCUCUUUCUUCUUGAGCCACUUUAGUAGUUUGUGUCUUUCUAGCAAUUCAUCCAUUUCAUCCAGGGCACCUAAUUUGUUGUUAGACAGUUGUUCACAGUAUACUCCUGUAAUCCUUUUGUAUUUCUGUAAAGUUGGUAGUAAUGGCUCUGCUUUCAUUUAUUAUUUUAAUAAUUAGUCUUCCAUCUUUUGCUCAGUCAAUAUAGUGAAAGGCUUGAUCUUUCAAAGAAUCUAUGUUUAUUUAUUCUACUGCUCUCCAACAUUCUAUUUUAUUGAUUUAUGCUCUAAUUAUGCUCUUUAUUAUUUCUUUCCUUCUGCUAGCUUUGGAUUUAGUCUUUUUUUUUGUUUUCUUCCACUGCCUUUAGGUAUAGAAUGAGGAUAUUGAUUUGAGAUUUUUUCUUAAAUGUAGUUGUUUAUAUCCAUACAUUUUCCCUUGAACUCUACUUUCACUGCAUUCAAUAAGUUUUGGUAUGUUUUGUUUUUAUUUUAAUUUGUCUCAAGAUAUUUUAUAAUUUUGCUUGUGAUUUAUUUUUUCACUCACUGGUAGUUUAAGACUGUAUUGUUUAAUUUUCACAUUUUUGUGAAUUUUCCAGUUUUCACUUAUUUAUCUGUUGUUUCUUCCAUUGCGGUUGUAAAUUAUAUUUUGUAUGAUUUCAAACUUUUAAAAAUGAUUAGGACAUAUUUUGUGGACGAAGAUAUGGCCUAUCCUAGAGAAAGUUCCAUAUACACUUGAAAAGAAUGUAUGUUCUGCUGUUGUUGGAUGGACUGUUCUGUAUAUGUAUAUUAGCUCUCAAUGGUUUAUACUGUUGUUUAAGUCUUGUAUUUCUCAUAAAGCUUAUGUCUGGUUUUUCUAUCCAUUAAUUAAAAUGAGGUAUUGAAGUGUCCAACUGUUACUAUAGAACUGUGGGUUUAUCCUUUCAAUCCUGUUAAUUAUUUCAGCUUUACUGAGGUGUAAUAGAGAAAAUUGUACAUGUGAUGCGUUUGUUUGCACAUUCUGAAAUGAUUACCAAAAUGAAGUCAAUUAACAUGUUAAUUACCUCACAGAAUAGUUACCUUUUUGUGUGCAUGCCUGGGAUAAGAAAACUUAACUCUAUCCCCUGUGACUGCAGAGUGGCCAUUCCAGCUGCUCCAGGCUCCGGCAGAGGAAGACUGGGUCAGGUGGCACCAGCAGGGGGGCCCUCAGGUCUGGCGCCCACGCAUUCCAGAGGCCACCCAGACCAUGCUCCGCCGCCUGGGCGCCCAAGCUGCAGUCGCCCUCUGUGUGCAGGCAGCAGCUGCCUGGCAACCUCCGAGCCCGCUCGCGCUCCCAGCAUCGCAGAACCAGGGCCAGGUGUCCCAGUGGCUGCAGCCAAGCCAGGCAUUCUGCCCGGCGGCGGCUGCACAGGCAGAACCGAGAACCCGCCGCUCAACCCCACACGGGGUGACUGCCCAGUGCCCAUGCCAGCGGCCCCAAUCCCCCUCAGGUGGAGGAGUGGGCGGGAGGCACGACCUGGGGACCCUCAGGCUGGGCGCGCUGGCGAUCCCGAGGCCGACCAGGCCAUGCACCUCCAGCCCGCCUGGGCACCCAAGCUGCAGCCGCCUUCUGUGUGCAGGCAGCAGCCUCCAGGCAACUCCCGAGCCCGCCCGCACUCCCCACAUCUCAGAACCAGGGCCAGAUGUCCCUGUGGCUGCGGCCAAGCCAGGCGGUCUGUCCUGCAGCAGCUGCACAGGGGCGGGAACCGGCCCUCAGCCCCAUCCACGGUGGCUGCAGAGGGCCCCUGGCUAGAGGUCUCGAGCUCUGGCAGAGGAGGAGCCGGGUGGGGGCAGGGUCUGGCGGGCUCUCAGGCCAGGGGCACUCGCGAUCCAGAGGCCUCCCAGGCCAUGCUCCACCACCUGGGCGCCCAGCUACAGGCGCCGGGCAACUCCCAAGCUGGCUGGCGCGCCCAGCCUCGCAGAACCGGGGCUAGAUGUCGCUGUGGCUGCGGCCAAGCCAGGCGGUCUGCGCGGCGGCUGCACCGGGGCAGGAACCGACCCUCGACCCCAUCCUCUUCGGAGGAGGAGAGGAGCGGGAGUCACAGCCAGGCGGGCCCUCAGGCGGGAAGGGAUGCGCGCCUGCGAUUUCGCGACGUCCUGCGCGAGCCCAGGAGAACCCGCAAGCCAGCGGCGCCUGCGCCCGAGCUGCAGCCGCCCUCUGCCGUCCACGCGAGCUCGAGAGCGGCUUCCGGAGUCCGGGCUAGCGCCGAGCUGCAGGCGCGCGCCUAACCGCUUUGCUGGGCUCACGCGGUCUGAGAGGUCGGAGCGCCCAACUGCUGGCGCGCGAGUAACGGCUUAGUUAAGCUCACUCGGUCUGAGAGGUCGGAGGCUGCGAGUGUCGCUGCUGA